AUGACGAUUGACAUUAUUAAUCCUAUUGAUAGGGAGUUUAGGGAUGUUUCAAGCAAAAUUCGUGAUGAUGAGCGGUAUUGGCCAUACUUCAAAAAUUGUAUUGGAGCCAUUGAUGAAGCCCAUGUGCCAGUUAAAAUUUAUCCAUCAAAACAAAUACCAUAUAUUGGUCGAAAAUGGACUCAUACUCAGAAUGUUAUGGCUGUUUGUGAUUUUCGUAUGUGUUUCACCUUUGUUUGGGCUGGAUGGGAAGGUAUUGCACAUGAUACACGUACUUUUUUGGAAGCUAUUCGAAAGGAAGAAUUACGAUUUCCACACCCACCUAGAGGAAAAUAUUACUUGGUAGAUGCAGGAUAUCCUCACAUGAAGGGAUACAUAGGGCCAUACAAAGGGGAGCGGUAUCAUCUACCAGACUUUCGUCGCGGAAGCCAACCGAGGGGUAUGCAUGAAAUUUUUAAUCAUGCACAUUCAUCACUUAGAUGCACUAUUGAAAUAACAUUUGGAGUUUGUAAAAAUGAGUGGAAGUUAUUGCAUUGCCUGUCGAAUUUUCCUUAUGAUAAACAAGUGAAAAUCGUGGUGGCAUCUAUGGCUCUUCAUAACUUCAUUAGAAAGCACGCAAUAAAGGAUGCUGAGUUCCAACUAUAUGAUGAUGAUGAAGAUUUACUACCUACUGACAUUAUAGGCGAUGACGAAGCACAUGAUUAG